AUGGCUGCACGUGGUGUUUUGGGUGCUGCCUGUGCCGUUGGGGGCCUCACGAUGACAGGCGUCGCGCUGACGGUCUCGCGAUGGCGCCGAGCGGAGAAGCGCCGAGCACAGCUUAACAACGAGUACGCCGACAUUUUAACGGAACUCCGCUCGUUGAAUGACGCACGCCUGAAAGGCGCCGACGAUCUUCGGCGCAAAAGGCAGGAAGUAGCUUUGAUGCAUGAAACGGUAGCCACACUCUGGACCGAUCGCCUGGCACGCUACGUACAAACCAAUAAGACGCUGCACUCUUUCUUGAAGGCCCUUCCAGAGGCACUUGGUGCCCUGAAGGGUCUCACAAAUCAUUACCAGUACAUGACAACGGAGAUGCGGAAGUUUGUGGCUUUUGAUGUCGCCUGCAGCAAGGUGCAUAACUUUGCACUUCUUCUUGAACACGGAGAACGCGUAGGAAUGCCGCGUGUGGUUGAGAGAAUUCGUCAACUACUCAUUGCAGAACCUCUCGUGCAAGUGGUGUGUGACAGCGUUAGUCAGAUUCCCGCAGACAUCAGCAGCCCAAGUUCUAUUGGUGAGUGUAGCUCAAGUUUUGUCUUCUGUAUAGAGGAGCUUGAGCGGGCGAUGGAGGUUGCGGUUGCGCGUUAUCUUGAAUUUCAGAGUGAGAACGGAAGCAAGAGCCCUAACGUCAUUUGCAGUGGCGUGCGAAAGCUUACUAACGAGGCACGGGUGAGUACACUUACCAAAGGUGACAUCGCCUUGCAGAAGGAGCGAAGAGCGCUUCGUGACCUCCUCCUCCGUGACCGACGGCAGCUGCACACUGCCGGUGACCUGAGGAGUGCUUUGGAAUACGUUGAAAAUGUGUCGAAUCAGCUCCGCUCUGACGACGCGAAGGAGGCUGGGCUGCGAAAGGUUGUUUCUACGGACACAGCCGUCAACGUGGCACAUGACCAACUCCUCUUGUGGCGGAAGUCGGCAGCCGUCUUCUUAGUGCAGCAGCAGGCGAAGGAGGUGCUAGACGCCUACCAGCUGUUGUUGGCGGAGACACUAACAAAAACAAGGCCAGACCCGUAA